CAUCUCUGCCUGUGUUGCUUGCAGUUCAUUGGUUCAAUCGCCACUAAGCGAGGAUCAUCCGACCGAGCUGCAGAGGCAGAGGCAUGCCGUGCCUGGUGGAGCAGAGCUGGAGGAAAAAAUCAACGGGACGUAGUUGGACAUAUCAGAGAACCAGUGCGUCAAAUGUUUCACUUCUGCUGGGAUUGAUUUGUCUGGCUGAGACCGGUGUCAGCGCCUGUCCUGUUGAGCUGAGCCCGCCAAGUGUUGUGUUGAGACAUGGAGGCUCAGUGUCAACUAACUGCAGCACGUCAGAAGUCGAGUUCAGAGGAAUCGGCUGGGAGGCCUCAACCGGAAAAAGACAACAAGUGCGAGACAACCAUGUGACCUGGACCGUAGAGAACCUUACGGAUUGGAAAAUCGAUCCCUUAUGCUAUUUCAAUCCAUCCCCAGGUUCUACAAAGAAGCAAUGCUUUUUAAAGCUACGGGUUGUUCUUUACCAAUUUCCCCAAAACAUUCACCUUCGGGUCAACGUAAGUGAUAACGAGAUGAUAGAAGAUAGAAGUUAUCGCUUCGAAUGCUUCAUCCCCAAAGUAGCUCCAGUGCAAAAUCUCACGGUCUGGUGGUACAAAGGAGACACGUUGAGCGAUGUACAGACUCUUAAUAACACCGUCAGGGAACCGUUGGACGUGAAAUUCCACUACACUCUUACUCCCAAGAGACACGACGAUGGAGUCUCAAUCCAGUGCAAAGCACAGAUGGACCUGGGUCCAGAUGGACCAAUGCUUGAAGCGUCAUCUCGGCCCAUUAAUGUUACACUUAAGUAUGGACCAGACAUUUUUUGUGAAAACAUUUUCCUGGAAGGGGAAACACUUAAGAAUUACUGUUCCGUGCAAGGAAAUCCUGCCCCCUCGGUGACAUGGAAAAAAGAUGGACAGCUAAUAGAUUCGAAUGUCCCACUCACCAGGAAGGACACAGGAAAAUACAACAUGGAAGUCAAUGGAUUAUUCAAUGUCACACAAGAAAUCAUGGUUCACGUUGCGUAUGGACCAGAACUAGAUUGUCCAAGUACAUAUACCGCUCCAGAGUUCUCUGUUAACAACAUGUCAUGCACUGUGGCUGGCUUUCCAACGCCUGUCGUGACUUGGUACAAAGAAUACGACGAUGUGGAGCUUCCAGAGAUACUAACUAGAAGAGAUUCGGGGCAAUACACAAUCCAUGCCGUGAACAACGUCUCCUCUGUUAAUGUGACUGUGGAACUUAUUGUGAAUUAUUCACCAACACCUAUAGAAGAGCUGGAAGACACUGAGGUGGAGUUUGAGUCAACCGCGUGGUUGAAAUGCUCUUCCAUGGGACACCCACGACCAACGUACUCCUGGACUUACUAUCGGACCACCAAUGUAGUGGAACAAAAUGAAGACGGAGUUUCUCGUCUGCUCAUCUACAACGCUACCGCUUUCAACAAGGGCCUCUACACGUGCCAGGCCCAAAACCAAGGAGGGUUUGUCAAUAAAACAGUGCGUGUCAACGUGAAAGGUGUCACAACAGAAUGUCCCAUUGACAUCACCCCAGAGAGGAUGAUAACAUCCUACGACAGCAGCUCAGUGGUUUCGUGUACACCAAAACCUUCCGCUCAAUUAAAUCUCAAAGAAAUAUAUUGGGAAGACAAGAGCUAUUUCAGAUGGGGGGACAAUCAUUGGCAUCACACCGGGGAAUGGGACCCUCAGCCUGUUUGCUUUGCCAUAUUUUGGGGCUUGGAAAGAUGCAAGAAACCCUUAAACCUCACCAUUUACAAAAAACCAGCCAGUGUAUCCAUUCAACCCUUACAUAACACAAACCCUUUGAAAGAGGAGGAAGAGCUCCAGCUGCAGUGCAACAUAAACAGCGUUGCUCCUGCGCAGAACCUGUACGUGCGCUGGUAUCACGGAAACACCACACUGGAACCCCUGAUCCAAGGCUCACAUUCGUUCUGGGUGGCCGGCUGUCUGCCCGGGAACGGCACAAAUUGCACCAUUGGUGAAACCAAGAGUCCGCUCAACGUGUCGACGACCGUCACAAUCAAACUGAAUAGGACGCACAGUAAAGCAAUGUUCAGAUGUGAGGCCCACCUGGACCUGGGAGCUGACGGACCACGGCUUACUCCAGAAGUGUCUGAUCCUCUCAACAUCACUGUCCACUAUAAGCCCAUCAUAGACACCACAAAGCUUCCAAACAAGGUCCCAGUAUUUAGGGGUUAUCCAGAGGAGCUGGUCUGUGACGCCGAGGGUCACCCUCCUCCCAAAAUCCAGUGGCUGCUCAGUCCGGGCGAUGUCCCUCACGUGUUGGGCAAAAAGCUAAACGUGUCUGAAGCAGGUUCCUACAUCUGUAUCGCAACCAACGACGUUGCCUCCACGUUGCAUGUGGUAGAAGUGGUUUUAAAAGAGGACUACCUGCCCCUCAUUGCUGGAUUUGUGGCGGGCACGGGCAUCGUUAUCUCC